UCCUCAGCACUGUCCAGUCAGGAGGGCAGUUACAGAAUGAGAUCCUGCGCCAAACUUUACUCCAGGGAGUCUCUAAUGCCCAGAUGCAUUCUGUAAAUCAAGCAAUGCAUUCAGCUCAGCAUGGCAGCCGAGUUACAAAGGAAGAGACAAAGUCACAUGAACAUGGUCCUAUCAUGUACAAGUUUGAGGUUGACGGGAUCUAGAAAAACUGUAAGUCCCACUCCAGUUGUCCAGGGCCCUGGUAGAAGAGGUCCGUCCCCUCAUCAACAUCAUCAUCCAUCAUUGUCGGGAAGUAUAGAAUUAAAACGUGUAAGUCCAGCACCUGGGACCACCUCACAUUUAACAUCAGUUUCACAGUUAGUGCCCACAACAACCCCACAACAACCAUUGCGUUAUGUAAUACCAGGAAGUAUUUCUCCCAAAAUGUCCACAGGAGGUGGUCAUGACGGUGUACCAGCAGAGGGAUUCAGGCACAAGGUACCCUCACCAAAACCACAACAUAGACACAAAGAGCAGUUAGCUGCCUUGCAUCAGACCUAUGCAGCUAAAGGGGCAAGUCAACAAGCUUCAAACAUGUCAUCUGUACACACCUCUCACACAUCCUCUGUACAGUCCUCUCACCUGUCCUCAGUACAGGCCAUGCUCCCAUCCACAGUACCAACAUCCAUCACUUUACCGCAUAACGCCGCACAGAUUCGUCAGCCUGUCGUGAGCUUGGUUAGGCUUCCUGAUAACCACCCAAAACAGGAAGAGAAAAGAACUCCCCCUCCAUUUUCUGUCAUACAAAUGUCUCGGGAGGCAGUAGCUGAUGUCCCUAGGUCUGAAAAAACAUCCAUUGCAGAUGUAUUUGGACCUUCAAAGAAACCUGAACAAUCUCAGAAACAAACAGUUCACCACCAUAAGCAAGUCAAUCCAUUCACGUUUCCACCAAAGGCACAUGCAAAGCUUUUCCCCUACCACCAGCUCACUAUGGAAAACAAGGAUGAGUUUCCAGUCGGACAUCAGAAGAGGAUAACUCCGUCCCUGAGGGAGCCGCUUAUUGCUGAUGCUGCUGAUGACAUGCCCAAGCUUCUCCCAGUCUCUCCAGUCAACUCUCACGAGAACGAGGCAGGCAGGCAUAAGGAGGAUAAAAAUGUAGAUAUGGAAGAGCUGACUCCCAUACCCAAUCCUUUUAACAUGCGGUUACAAAACCUUGCUAAUCUGCCCACCACUUCCAUAUAUCGUUCCUCCUACAGAGCUCACUCCGUCGCUGUACAGAGGGCCAAGUCUGGUUGUAUAGUGAGUGCUGCAAAAUCCCUGGAUCUACUGCGACAAAAUCUACAGCGGUUUAUAAACAAGGAGAUUGAUGUCAUCGUUCAGCAAUAUGUAGAGAAAUUUUUCAAACCUGGUAUUGAGAACAUCAAGGAGAACAGUGGAACUGUUGCUGUCAGUGAGGAACACAUACAGGCAGUAUGUCGUCAGAUGCUGGAGGAGGCCAAGAAAAUGUACCUGUCUGAUCAGAGUCGUUGCAGUGUGACACCCACCCGGGACAUUCCAGACAAUGUGUCUGAAACCGGUAGCACUGGUAGUCGUAGUCGAGUACCAUUUGGAAGAAAGAGGAAACAAUCCGACACAGAUUCAGAGAAAAGUCAUGCUAUUCCAAGACGGAAAAAGGGACGACCUCCACUUGUAUCUGGUCGUUCUACUCCUUCUAAACUGAAGAGCAGUGAUCCAGUAAAGAGAGAAGGGCCGAAGUGGGACCAGGAAAGGAUAACUCUGAACUCGUUAUUUAUAAUGGGAGCUCGUGCAAACAAAGCCCUCGGUCUGGGAGCCACCAGGGGAAGGAUCUACAUCAAACAUCCAGAUCUCUUUAAAUUUUCUGGAGACCAAGAUGACAAGCAGUGGCUGUAUGAGAACCACCAUAUGCCAGCCACUGGUGGUAAGGCCUAUAUGUUACUACUGGAGGAUGUCAAGGAGCUGGCCGAGGACGAUGAAUACAGAGACAAUGGUAACCAAAUACCACAGGAGCUGAUUGGCUUCACCAUCCCCGAGUGGAUGCUAGAGAAGGUGAAAGCACAAAUGAUGGCAGGUAGAACAGACAGUGGUAAAAAGAUGGGAAGGAGUAGAUCAACAACACCUAACGAAAUACCAGCGUCAUCAUUACAGGAUGAGGAUGAUGAAUUGAAACACCUGCCUUUCCCCAGCUUCAGCAGCAGAAAGAUAAAGGAUGAGAUGCAGGUAGAUACCUACUAUAACUCCCCCUCGGGUGACACAGAAAUGGAGUUUCUGUCCGGAGCUGACAAUGAUGACCAGGCGUUUACAAGGAUGUCACCAUUCACGUUGACAGGUGGAUUUGACGAUCCCUCACCUUCACCAUCAGACUUAGAUACACUUGAGGAUGAGACCCCACUGAGUGCUCCCUUUGAUCUGACUAAUUAGAUAGACCUGACUUAAUUAGAUAAGCCUGACUAAUUACGUGUCCACCUGUCAUAUUCAGUCAGGUCAGAUGUAGCUGUAAUAUAGUAGAUUGUCAUAGAUUUCGUCUGUGUGAGAUUCCUCACCCUAGAGGGAGACACUUUAUUUUACUAUAACAUCUAAAUGAAGUAAUUGAACAAUAGAACUUUCGGUCAUCAGAGACAAAGUUUGAAGUGACCUAUUGUAAUUGACCAAAUGGCUGUCGUCAUCCAUCCCAUCAACUGUUCGUAAACAGUUUAUAUUUUUUUUCUUUUCUCAAUAUUCACUGAGCCCAUGUUAUGAUAUUGGGCAAGAAGCAUGCUGCUGUGAAGGCUACCAAGUUUGUAAAAUUAAUGACCUUGGCCUACAUUCAUGGUCACAGGGAUCAAAUGUGUUAAAAUUUUUAAACAAACAACUACUGUAUAACAGUACAUGUGUACACAUCAGACCAUUAAGGUCCAUGGGCCUCAUGUUACAUAUGCAUGACAUAUUGUAGUGAGAUGUUGAAUUUUCAACCUUGGUAACAAGAUUAGUCUAACUGUGGCUAGCCUUGUAUCAGAAAAUUUAAGAAUUUCCUUUCUCUAGUUAAUUUAUUUCCAUUUUUGUCCCUUGCAUAUCUUAGGGUAGGAGUUGGGAGCAUAAAAUGUCAGCCAUAUCUUAGGGUAGGAGUGGUGAGCAUAAAAUGUCAGCCAUAUCUUAGGGUAGGAGUUGGGAGCAUAAAAUGUCAGCCAUGUCUUAAGGUAGGACUUGGGAGCAUAAAAUGUCAGCCAUGUCUUAAGGUAGGAGUUGGGAGCAUAAAAUGUCUGUCCCAUACAAUUACAUGUAUUUUCCUGUCUCAUUUGAUUGAUAUCGCCUCUUACAAUGCUCAUUUAUGAGAGUACUAUGAGUGUGUUUUUCUGUGUUUCAAGGCCAAUGUCAAGGUCACUCUUACUAUUUUUAGAAAACCAUCAGCAUUUCUAGACUAGCAAUAUCAUUUUGUGGCAAAUUUUGAUUAACUCGCAUACAAAUAUCAUGUAUAAGAAUACAAUAAAUAAAUUAACCUUCGGUGUUCUGAGAUCAAGGUCAAGGCUACUUUUACAAUUCAUAUAAAUGUGUAUAGCCUUUUUGUCAAAAAUCAUUCAGUAAGGGCAUUCAUGCUUAAUAAUUGUAGACAUUGUCUAGUUCCUUAGGUAAGUGAUUCCAUGAAGAAAUGUGUCGAUUUUAAGGUCUAGUAUGAGAUUUUGAUGAUGAAUGAUACAUUGCAAAUGUGUAAAAAUUACAUAUUUGAUAUAUAUAUAUAUAUAUGUAUUGCCUGAUAUUAAUGUGAUCCAUGAUGUUCUUUUACUUGUCAUAGACGUUCUGCAUUAACUUGUGUAAAAAUGUUGAAAAAUUCAAACUUGAUAACUCCUGAUAUUCUCCCUUGAGUUAGAAGUUGUCAAUGUUAAUGCGAUCCAUGAUUGUCACAGACGUCCUGCAUUAACUUGUCCAAUUUAACAGUCUGUUGCCCUUAUUUACUAACUUUUGUUUGAAUACUUCAACAUUGAUAUGGAGAAAAUGGUGAGGAUUUCAAACAGGGAUACAAGAUAUCCUUCCUCUCUAUAAUCAAUAAGUCAUUAACAUACUACUAUGUAAGAUGUUAAAACUGUAAAAUUACUAAUGAAUGUUUGAAGACAAUUACUCUCCUAUUAUUUCUGCUUAACAUACUUUUUAGUUCACCUGGUCCAAAACACCAAGGUGAGUUGAUGCCAUACUGUGGCUUCCGUUGUCUGUCCGUCAACAACUUCUUCAAACAACUCCUUCUUAGCCACUGAUUCAAAUUUAAGUUAAUUUGACUAGAACUUGAAAUGAGACUUUGUUUGGCCAGUAACUACAACAUUUACAUUGGCAAGGAAAUAUGACCGAUGCCACUUAUAUACAGGUUUUUUAUUGUAUCAUAUACAAAUGAAAUGUUUGACUUCAGUUGUGAAUCCUGUACAUUUUAAUCUUGUAGAAUUAAGAAAAAAAGUAAGAAUUUUCCAAAAGAUCAUAAGAAUCAUGUUUUUCAUUUUAUAUAUCUACACACAGUGUAGAUUUUAAGUUUUUAUUGAAUAACAGAUGUGAUUUUAUGAGAUAAGUUCCUGUGUGCCAAAAUAUUUUAUGGUGAACUUUGAAAAUUGAAAAUAUAGAAAGCUGAAUAUGAGUUUGUUACUAAAUAGACAUUUAAAUUUAACGUGAAAAUCACCAAUACCUAAUACAUCAUUAGUACAAUUACAUGUAUAGGAAAAUACAUGUACUGCAAUAUAAGUUAUGUAAAUAUUUGUCUAUUGAGUUGCUAAUUACAGGAGUGUAGCUUAUUCUUAUUAUGGCCUAUAUAGAUAUAUCAUAAUUGUUAAAUGCAGCCAUUUCAUAUAUUUGCGUGUUGUUAGAAUCUGUUAUGUAUACUUCUAGUAAGUAUAUGAUUAUUGUUAAUUGGUUUGUGUGUUUUAAGGUGCUUUUAUAGAAAAUGAAAUUAACGUGCUGGGCAGGUGACCCCAUAAUUUUUUGCGUCCAAUCGGGGAAUCAAACAUUUGGGGCCUAGAUGAAAGACAAUUGUUUUACCACUGUGACCUGAGAUUAUUGUAAUACAGAAGUGAAUUGUAUAGUCUUUCUGCUGUUUCAUUGCUUAACUCUACAUUUAUGGUGUAUCUCUCUUAAAUUUUGUAACUAAUUCAUUAAUUCCAUGUAGCAUGAAAAACUGAAAAUGUUGUACCUAAUAUUCCUCUUUAUAAUUGUUUGUAUUUUUUAAGACAAAUAUUACAUUGCAGUCUUUAGCCAAGUUCAUACCUUCCUUGUUUAGGCUCGGGGUAUGCAAGAUCAUUGAAGUGAAAUACUGUAUUUGAUUAAAUAAGCGCACCCUCACCUAUUUUUCGAUAAUACUAACUUACUCCCUCAUUCCCUGACAGAGAUAGUUCCCUGAAUGUGGAACCUGUGUGUGAAUGGGGGGCAGAGAUACCUGAUUGUAGGGUUGUAUACGGAUUUAAAAGUUGCUGAAAAAAAUUUACAGAACUGAACAUCCUUUUACAUGCUACAAUAUAGAUUAAUGAUUUAAUAUGUCAUUAUAUAAUGACACAUAAAAUCAUUAAUCUGUAAAGAAUUCACAAGUGCUAUAUAUAAAUAUAUUCUGUAAUAUUUUAAUUUAGACAAGUUUUUAUGUAAAGCUCUUCUUACUUUUUUUAUCUGAUUUUUUUAAUUGACUGUACACACAAAAAUGUAUAAAAUGUUUACUUUUACUAACGGUUUUAUGGAGUAGUUCAACAAUUUCUUACACAUUUUAUUACUCAGAACAACCUAUAUUUUUGUAAUUUUUAAUCUUGUUACAAAAUUUAAUGUCUUUGUUAGGUAAAACAUCUUUAAAUCCGGUAUGGUAUGACAGACUACAACAAAAAUAAAAUAAUUUAAAUACAAAUUAUGCAAGACAACAAGGUGACUGAUAGAAGUUAAUAAACAUACCUGGUAUUGAUUAUGAUAAAAGUAAAAAAACAUACCUGGUAUUGAUUAUGAUAGAAGUUAAAAAACAUACCGUUAUUGAUUAUGUUAGAAGUUAAAAAACAUACCCGGUAUUGAUUAUGAUAGAAGUUAAAAAAACAUACCUGGUAUUGAUUAUGAUAGAAGUUAAAAAACAUACCUGGUAUUGAUUAUGAUAGAAGUUAAUAAACAUACCUGGUAUUGAUUAUGAUAGAAGUUAAAAAACAUUACCGGUAUUGAUUAUGAUAGAAGUUAAAAAACAUACCUGGUAUUGAUUACGAUAGAAGUUAAAAAACAUACCUGGUAUUGAUUAUGAUAGAAGUUAAAAAAACAUACCUGGUAUUGAUAAUGAUAGAAGUUAAAAAACAUACCUGGUAUUGAUUAUGAUAGAAGUUAAAAAACAUUACCGGUAUUGAUUAUGAUAGAAGUUAAAAAACAUACCUGGUAUUGAUUACGAUAGAAGUUAAAAAACAUACCUGGUAUUGAUUAUGUUAGAAGUUAAAAAACAUACCUGGUAUUGAUUAUGUUAGAAGUUAAAAAACAUACCUGGUAUUGAUUAUGUUAGAAGUUAAAAAACAUACCUGGUAUUGAUUAUGUUAGAAGUUAAAAAACAUACCUGGUAUUGAUAAUGAUAGAAGUUAAAAAACAAACCUGGUAUUGAUUACGAUAGAAGUUAAAAAACAUACCCGGUAUUGAUAAUGAUAGAAGUUAAAAAACAUACCUGGUAUUGAUUAUGAUAGAAGUUAAAAAACAUACCUGGUAUUGAUUAUGAUAGAAGUUAAAAAACAUUACCGGUAUUGAUUAUGAUAGAAGUUAAAAAACAUACCUGGUAUUGAUUACGAUAGAAGUUAAAAAACAUACCUGGUAUUGAUUAUGAUAGAAGUUAAAAAAACAUACCUGGUAUUGAUUAUGAUAGAAGUUAAAAAACAUACCUGGUAUUGAUUAUGAUAGAAGUUAAAAAAACAUUACCGGUAUUGAUUAUGAUAGAAGUUAAAAAACAUACCGUUAUUGAUUAUGAUAAAAGUUUAAAAACAUACCUGGUAUUGAUUAUGAUAGAAGUUAAAAAACAUACCUGGUAUUGAUUAUGAUAAAAGUUUAAAAACAUACCUGGUAUUGAUUAUGAUAAAAGUUAAAAAACAUACCGUUAUUGAUUAUGAUAAAAGUUAAAAAAACAUACCCGGUAUUGAUAACUAUAGAAGUUAAAAAACAUACCCGGUAUCAAUAAUGAUAAAAGUUAAAAAAAACAUACCGUUAUUGAUUAUGAUAGAAGUUAAAAAAACAUACUUGGUAUUGAUUAUGAAAUGUAGAAUUUGUGUGUUUUAAACUAUUUUAUAAACAUUAUGUAUUUUAUGUUGAAGUGCUAUCUUGUUGAUUUUACUAUGUAUUCAGUCGCCAAAUUAAAACAUUACCAUCUUUGUCCUGUAAUAAAUCCAUUUUGGUAAAUGUAGGAAACUUGGGCUCAAGGUAGGUGGUUGGCUUAAUACAGAACAAUGAAAUGGACUACAGUAGGUAUGGGUUGGCAAUUUACAUGGCAUUGAUCAUAAUGGAUAUAACAGUAAGCAUAUAUUAGCAUUAACAAAUAACUAAGAUUUUAUUUUAAUAUUGUGAGGGCAAUAUUGGGAGUAAAUUCAUCUUAAUUCUGUUACAUUGUAUUUUUAUAGAAAAUUUUAUUUUGUUAUUGAAAAAAAUCUAUAUAAAUAAAUUGAAUGUAAAAACCUUUUUGAUUCUAAUGUGGAAAAUAUGAUUUUGUGGUAAAAGUUAAUUUAGAGGAGCAUGGUUUCUGAAGAUUACGUACCUCCAUCUUGGUGUCAGUGUAACAGACGAGGCUGCUAACAGUUUAUCAUGAUCCCCUUUUUACUUUGUUUUUAUGACUUUGUUAAAGGUGUUGUUCAAUAUCAUGAAGUUUGUUAAAUGUGUAAUUAACAUGUUGAAAAAUGAUAUAAGUUGAAAAAUAUCACCAAAAAAAUAAUAAUAAAUAGUUUUUUCCUCAA